GGCGGCUUGGGCGCAAGCGCGCAGCCGCUUCCUCCGUCCUUUACGGGCGCGGAAGUGGUUGUCGUGGUUACGGGUCGUAAUAACGGUCCCCAAUCUGAGAUUCCUUCUAGAGGAGCUGCGACCUGGGCUUCCGUUUGGAGACGCUUUUCAGCUCCCUGAAGAGGCGAUGGUGGUGGUGGUGGCUGGCCCAGCCUCAGACGUGGUGUCGGUGAAGAGCGUUCGAGAAAGCUGAAAUAGAAUUGGAGAAGAAAACGAAUUCAUAGUUUUAAAAAAAGAAGAAAAAAAAAUGUCUCGAAAAAUUGCCAGGGCAUCACAAAAAGUGAACAUCUCUAGUUCUCUGGAAUCUGAAGAUAUUAGUUUAGAAACAACAGUUCCUACGGAUGAUAUUUCGUCAUCAGAAGAGCGAGAUGGUAAGAUCAAAAUUACCCAGCAACUCAUUGAACGUAAAGAACUACUUCAUAAUAUUCAGUUACUGAAAAUAGAGCUGUCUCAGAAAAAUAUGAUGAUAGACAACUUGAAAGUGGAUUAUCUUACAAAGAUUGAAGAAUUGGAGGAGAAACUAAAUGAUGCACUUCACCAGAAGCAGCUAUUGACAUUGAGAUUGGACAAUCAAUUGACUUUUCAACAAAAGGAUGCCAAAAAAUAUCAAGAACUAAUGAAACAAGAAAUGGAAACGAUUUUAUUGAGACAGAAACAACUAGAAGAGACAAAUACUCAGCUAAGAGAGAAGGCUGGAGAUAUUCGUCGAAACCUCCGUGACUUUGAGCUGACAGAAGAGCAAUAUAUGAAACUAAAAGGUUUUCCUGAAGAUCAGCUUUCUAUUCCUGAAUAUGUAUCUAUUCGAUUCUAUGAACUAGUGAAUCCAUUAAGAAAGGAAAUCUGUGAACUGCAAGUGAAAAAGAAUGACCUGUCAGAAGAAUUAAGUGAAAACAAGGCUCAAUUGAAACAACUGACAGAGACUUAUGAGGAUGAUCGAAGAAAUUACUCUGAGCUUCAAAUUAGAUGUCAACGUUUGGUGUUAGAAUUAGCAGACACAAAACAGUUAAUUCAGCAAGGUGACUACCGCCAAGAAAACUAUGAUAAAGUCAAAAGUGAGCGUGAUGGACUUGAACAGGAAAUAAUUGAGUUAAGGAGAAAACAUGAAAUACUUGAAGCCUCUCACAUAAUUCAAGCUAAAGAAAGAAGUGAAUUAUCAAAAGAGGUAACCACCUUACAGCAGACUGUUACUUUACUGCAAAAAGAUAAAGACUAUCUCAACCGCCAAAACAUGGAGCUUAGUGUUCGCUGUGCCCAUGAAGAAGAUCGCCUAGAAAGACUUCAGGUUCAACUUGAAGAAACCAAAAAGGCUAGAGAAGAGAUGUAUGAAAAAUAUGUAACAUCCAGAGACCAUUAUAAAACAGAAUAUGAGAAUAAGCUACAUGAGGAGUUGGAACAAAUCAGAUUGAAAACUAAUCAAGAAAUUGAUCAACUUCGAAGUGCCUCUCGGGAAAUGUAUGAACGGGAAAACAGAAAUCUCCGAGAAGCAAGGGACAAUGCUAUGGCUGAAAAGGACCGAGCAGUGAUGGCUGAAAAGGAUGCUUUAGAAAAACAUGAUCAGCUCUUAGAGAGGUACAGAGAACUGCAACUUAGUACAGAAAGCAAAGUAAUGGAAUAUCUCCAUCAAAGUAAAUUAAAAUCUUUUGAAACUGAGCGUGUUCAACUUAUACAAGAGGAAACUGCAAGAAAUCUCACACAAUGUCAAUUGGAAUGUGAAAAAUAUCAGAAAAAAUUAGAGGUUUUAACUAAAGAAUUUUAUAGUCUCCAAGCCUCUUCUGAAAAACGCAUUACUGAACUUCAAUCACGGAACUCUGAGCAUCAGGCAAGGCUAGACAUUUAUGAGAGAUUGGAAAAAGAGCUUGAUGAAAUAAUAAUGCAAACUGCAGAAAUUGAAAAUGAAGAUGAGGCUGAAAGGGUUCUUUUUUCCUAUGGCUAUGGUGCUAAUGUUCCCACAACGGCCAAAAGACGACUAAAGCAAAGUGUCCACUUGGCAAGAAGAGUACUUCAGUUAGAAAAACAAAACUCAUUGGUUUUAAAAGACCUGGAACAUCAAAAGGAGCAAGUAACACAGCUUUCACAAGAGCUCUGUGUCCAGCCUUGCCAAGUGCUUAAGCCAAGAAGUCUUUGUUACGGUUCCUUCUGGAAGAAACUCAAUUACGUGGAUUCAGGACAAUAUACUAGAAUCUGUUCUAUAAGCAUGCUUUUUAUAGGUUCACAUACCAGCUAAUGUGAGAGUGUGUGUGUAUACAAAAUACCAACCACCACUGAAGUAAGGGAAAACGAUGAUUUAUCUAUAAAUUGUAUCCUGUUUACCCAUCAAACAAAUUGUUUAAACUCCUUAUCUUACUGGUUUGCCUUGAUAACUCAUGAAUGACCACUUUUUUUUUAUUUAAGAACUAUUACAACUCACAGCAACACCCUCCCCAUUGUGAGCAGGAUUGGUAUACAAUUGAACCACAUUAAAACGAAUUUCUCAGGGACAAGAAAUUUAAACCCCUUGAACUUGAAAAUCCCAUUCUCUGACUCUAAUCUCCUGUCCUUCCAGCUCUUCCAGUCCUCUCAUUCCCACUAAAUCUGUGCUUUAUUUGCACUCAUUGUGUUCCACACUCAUAAACUCUUCAUAUUUUCCCUGUCAAGCCCCUCUUGACUUCAUUUUUCUUCCUACCCAGCCUUACCAACCAUCUGAGUACUACACUCACUAGUACCCCAGAUUGCUUUGUCCCUUAAUUCAUCCAUCAAUCUGGCUUUUCUUGACAUUCUCUACCCUUUGCAUAUUACCUUAAAAUCUGAUAGUUACCCCAUAAAUACUUAAUGGAAGGAAGGAGAAAGGGAGAGAAGAUUCUUUGGUUUUGUGGUAAUGUGCUGAAAAUUUCUUGUGGAAAUCUGUUACUUUUGCCUCUUGAAAGCAUUACAAAUUCAUGUUGUUGAUGACCAGCCGUGCCCUCAUUCCUGCUGCCCAGUGUUUUUAUUUUUCUGCAUCUGUCCUAUUAUUGGGAUAUCCGUCCCAAUAUCCUCAUUGCAGGUCAUUUCCACUCCUCAAAACCAUCAGUUCCAUCAUCCAUCAUCAUCUGUAACUUCGUUACUAUAAUUAGGUCAUCUCAGUUUCUUUUUCUGGAGUCUCUUUCACCCAAGGAUUUUUUUUAUAUCUUCACUUACUCUUUUUGGUCCUUCAAAAAAAAUGGGAGAGAGACUGUGUGUGUGUGUGUGUGUGUGUGUGUGUGUGUGUGUGUGUGUGUGUGUGUGUGGAAACAGGCAACUUUCAAAAGUUAACCCCUCUCUUUAUACUUAAUUCCUACUACUGUCCUCCCUGAUCAUCUGUUCAGCUAUGCCCGCCCUUAGUGAUCAGCACUGGUUUCCUAAUUGUUGGUAUUCUUUUCUCAGUCUCCUGAUCUAUGGCAUGACAUUUUGGAUUUCAUAGAUAAUCUAGAAAUUCUUGCUUAAUGACACCAUUCUCCCUCAGAUGUCUUAUCUUCUUCCAACCCUGCAGUGUAGGUGUCCCUCACAUGUCUGCCGCUUUGCUCUAUACUUACACCUCACUAGUGAUUCUCAAAUGUUAGUGACUGUAAGAAUCACCAAAGAUUCUUGUUUAAAAUAUAGGUUUCUAGGGAUCCCUGGGUGGCGCAGCGGUUUGGUGCCUGCCUUUGGCCCAGGGCGCGAUCCUGGAGACCGGGGAUCGAAUCCCACAUCGGGCUCCCGGAGCAUGGAGCCUGCUUCUCCCUCUGCCUGUGUCUCUGCCUCUCUCUCUCUCUCUC